CACUAGAAAUUCUAAAAGAUCUGCCAAUAAUAAAAUAUUAGCAAUUGCUAAACCUGCUAAACGAGGCCGUAAAAAAAAAGAAAAUAUCGACCCCUCGAUUAAUAUUAACUAUUUGCAAGAUAAACCAAAUAAUGCUAAUAAACAAGGUUGUAAAAAAAAACAUGAAACAGUUGUAUCAUCAUCUUUGCAAAUUAUUGACAAACUUUUAAACGAUGAUAAUAAUCUACAAGAUGACGAUGAAGAAGUAAUAAGCAUUGGCGAAUUAUCUCAAUCAUCAUUAACUUCUCUAAGACAACUUUUACCAGUCUUAGAAUCAAGAAUUGUAUCUUAA